AUGGCAUGUGCGCCGGUGGUGACUCCCGACGAUCCGUUGUCGCAGCCUCCAGGAGGGCCGCCGGUGAGCCUGGUGGUAAGCAACAGCGACCUCGCAGUGGGAGACAACCGAUUGUCGUUCGGAUUGGUGGAUCGGGACUAUAUGCCGGUGCGCCCCGACGCCGUGGCGUUGCGCGCGGUGUACUACGAACCGGGAUCCGCGACGGGCCAGGUGCGGCACCGGACCGAGGCGGAAUUCCUGCCCUGGCCGCCGGAUGGCCGCCGGGGAGUGUUCAGCGCCAAUGUUUCUUUCGAUCGGGCAGGAACCGCCACCGGCGAUACCUUGGGCAUCUGGGAGUUGCAUGCCACGUUCGACUACGCUCAAUCGCCCGCAGCAGACGCGGAGCCUUUGACCAUAGGCUCGGUGGUGUCGGUGGCGGAGUCUCAUCGCGCGCCCUUCAUCGGUGACGCAGCGCCUCUAUCCGACACUCCUACGGGGAAGACCGCCGCGGACCUUGAAACCAUCAGCAGCAGCCCCGAACCGGAUCCGGCGCUGUAUCGAUUGUCGGUGGCGCAGGCGGUGCGGGCGGGAAAGCCGGCCGUAGUCAGCUUUGCCACGCCGGCUUUCUGCGUUACGGCGACGUGCGGUCCGCAGGUGGCGGAUCUAUCGGAACUGGCCGGAAGGUAUGAAGGGCAGGCCAGCUUCGUCCAUGUUGAGGUGUACCGCGACCCGCACCUGAUCAACCCCGCAGAUCCGGCGCGAGAGUUGGUUCCGGCCGUUUCCGAAUGGGGCCUCCGUAAAAUUCAGGCAACCAGGAGCAAAACUUUGGCCAACGUCACAGUAACGAUUGAGGGCGAUGUGGAGGAGGUGGUGGCGACGCUGAGGGGGAUGGCCGGUCGGGUUUCCGACCCGACCGUGGCUGUACCUACUGCAGCAGCAAGAGAAACGGCCGAUGAAGCAACAGCCGUUAGCAUAUUGCCGAAUGUUGGGACAGAAGAAGGAGAGCCGGACGAAACGACGGCUGAAGCAUCGGGAGCUGCCUGGAACGCGAGCUACGUCACAACGUUCUGGCGGAACCUGUCAGACACGGCGCGGCAGGCCAUGAUGAGGGUUUCCCGGUCGCCCAACUAUACUCAGAAGCGCGCCCAGCUAAUGCACACCCUGCGGCUCACACAGCGCGAACUGUCAGGGUCGCUGUCGAGCCAGGGUCACAGCCUGAACCGACUGAAGCGCCGUCGGGGUAACGUGGACCUGCCUCGGCCGUUGACUUACGACCGAACGGAAGACGCCUACGUUCUGGACUCCAAUUUCGCCAACGCGCUGCGUGAAUUGGGCAUGAGCUGAAGGCCCAUCGGGUCGCGCCGCCGCAGGGAGUACGCCUGCGGCGUCAACCACGGGCCGGCGCCGCGCAGACUCGCGGGACGCGUGCGGCUAGAAAUGGACGCCGCGUCCCGCCCCGCCGUCCACCGCUAUGGUCUGGCCGGUGAUCGCGGACGCCAGAUCCGAGCAGAGGAACGCCGCGAGAUUGGCGAUGUCAUCCGGCUCGAUCAUGCGGCCGAUUGGUAUUUCGCCAACUGAACCAGCCAGCUCCGCUUCCGAUGAGGUGUUGUUUC